AUAUAUAUACAUAAACACACAAAUUAAAUAUAUUAAACAAUAUAUUUAUUAAUUAAAAGAUGAAACUUACAAUAAAGAAUAUCAACAAAGAAGUAUACUCAUUUGAACUUGAUUCUGACAAAACCGUUUUAGAUUUAAAAAAUUCAAUUUUCGAAAAAUAUAAUCAAAUUCCAUCAUGGCAAACAUUAAUUUAUAGUGGUAAAAUUUUAGAAGAUAAAAAUACUUUAGAAUCAUACAAAAUAAGUGAGCAAGGCUUUAUUGUUAUGAUGAUAAAGAAACCAAGAGAAGCUCCAGCAACUGCUACCACUACAUCACCUUCAGAAUCAACAUCAUCACCAUCAAACAGUACAACUACAUCACAACCAGCUAAUACCACUAGUGCACCAGUCACUACCCCAAAUCCAACCCCAGCCAGACCAACUACCCCAAAUCCAACUCCAACCACAAGCUCAACUCCAGGCACAACACCAUCAUCAAAUACCUCACCUUCCCAAAAUACAUCAUCAACUGAUUUCGUUACUGGUACAGAAUUAGAAAAUACAAUUAAAAAUAUUGUGGACAUGGGUUUCCAAAGAGAGCAAGUUAUUAGAGCCCUUAGAUUAGGUUAUAAUAAUGCUGAUCGUGCUGUUGAACUUUUACUUUCCGGUAGUAUCCCAGAAAAUGCUGCUGAUGACGAAGAAGAAGAUAAUAUGGAUGUUGGUGGUGGUGGUAAUGAUCAACAAGGUGGUGACAAUCCAUUUGAAGCCCUUAGAAAUCAUCCAUAUUUCCCAAUGCUCCGUCAAGCUAUUGCUCAAGAUCCAAAUAUUAUCCCAACUCUUUUACAACAAUUAGCCCAAUCAAACCCAGAAUUAGUUAGACAAAUUUCUGAACGUCCAAACGAUUUUAUUCGUAUUUUCCAAGGUGAAGAAGGUGGUAAUGGUGGCGGUGUUGGCGGCAGUCAACCAGGUCAAUUUACUAUUCAAGUUACAAGAGAAGAAAAUGAUGCCAUUGAAAGAUUACAACAAUUAACCGGUUUAGAAAAACAAGUUGUUAUUGAAGCUUACUUUGCAUGUGAUAAAAAUGAAGAGCUUGCUGCUUCAUAUUUAUUUGAACGUGAAGAUGAUGAAUAAACUAUUCACCAAUCCAUCAAAAAAGUAGUAAUAAAAUAAAUCAAAAACAAAAAAAAAUCCAAAAACAAAAUAACAAUAUGUACAUAAAACUAAAAAAAAACUUUUUUAAUGUCCUAAACCACACAUCUAACUUUCCCUAAAAUAAAAAUAGAAUAUAUUUUUUAAUUAUUUACAUAUAUUUUAACAUCC